AUGAGCGAGCGUGAAUACUUACCGUUAACGUUAACAUUAGUUAAAACAUUAACAGAUAAACUGUAUGAAAAACGAAAGACAGCUGCACUUGAAAUUGAAAAAAUCGUACGUGAAUUAAUGGCUGCCCAGAAUUAUGAACAAGUUGAACGUAUUUGUAAAGUAUUAAGUGAACAAUUUGUGUUAUCACAGAAUGGAAACUUCCGACGUGGAGGUUUGAUUGGCAUAGCAGCAUUGGCAAUUGCAACUGGAAAAGAAGCUCCACGAUUUCGUCAAUAUUUAAUACCACCGGUUCUCCAAUGUUUUCUCGAUAACGAUCCAAAAGUUCGCUAUUAUGCAUGUGAAUCUUUGUAUAACAUUGCCAAAGUUUUAAGAAUAGUAACAUUAGCAUAUUUUAAUGAAAUAUUUGAUUGUCUAGCUAAGUUAGUUGCGGAUAUGGAGCCUACAGUUAAAUCGGGUGCUGAAUUACUUGAUCGUCUAUUAAAAGAUAUUGUUACUGAGACAUGUACACAAUUUGAAUUAAUUGCAUUUAUACCAAUAUUACGCGAAAGAAUUUAUAUUCGAAAUCCAUUUACACGACAAUUUCUUAUUUCUUUAUUAACAUCUGUACCAGAAUUAGAUAUGAUUCAAUAUUUACCAGAAAUACUCGAUGGUUUAUGUCAUAUUCUCGGCGAUCCAAAUCCAGAAAUUCGUAAAUCAUGUGAAAUAUUAUUUAAUGAAUUCUUAUCGAUUUUGAAAACAAGUUCAAUAGAACCAUCAAUGUUUGAAGAUAUGACAAGAAUACUUAUACAAAAUUGUCAGUCAACAGAUGAUUUAAUUCAAUAUACGUCAUUAUAUUGGCUGCGAGAAUUUUUGAAUAUGAGCUCUCAUGAAGUAUUACUGCCUCAUUCAGCUGGCUUAUUGGCAGCCAUUUUACCGUCAAACGAUAUAAAUCAAAUAUUAAGACAAUUAAUUAAAACCGAAAGUACUGCAAAUGAACAGGGAAAAUAUUGUCUAAAUUUACCCGAGUCAACAAUAUCUAAAGUGGUUGAAGUAUUAAAAACUCAAAUUCAAUUAGGUGCAUCACAGUCACGAAUUAUAGCACUUCAAUGGGUUUAUCACCUAUUCGAUUGUUUACAAGACAAGAUGAGUCCACAUAUCGAUAUAUUAUUUCCCGUUUUAUUUCGUGUAUUAAGUGAUUCAACAGAUGAAGCUGUACUUCUCGUUUUGCAAAUAUUUGCAAUAAUAUCAACAUCAAACACGCCUGUAACAAUGUCAACACCUAAAACGAUAGCAUUAUCCUCUUCGGAAUUACUGCCAAAUAACAACAACAUUCGAAAAUACAAUGAUUAUUUUACAAAAUUUAUUGUUGUCCUCAUGGAUUUAUUUCGCACUGAUCGACUAUUACUAGAAACACGUGGAUCAUUUAUAAUUCGACAGUUAUGUAUGUUGUUGUGUGCUGAAGAUAUUUAUCGAACAUUAUCGGAAACCUUGUCAAAUGAAUCAGAUGUACAAUUUGCCUCGACGAUGGUUAAAAUUUUAAGUUCAAUACUUUUAACAUCAACUGAAUUACAUGAAUUUAGGAUUAAAUUGAAAGAUCUUCAGACAAGUGAUAGUGCAACAUUAUUCGUGUGUUUAUACAAAACGUGGUGUCAUAAUCCUGUAGCAACUGUUGCUUUAUGUUUGUUAUCUCAAAAUUAUGAUCAUGCGUGCACAUUAGUACAAUUGUUUUCGGAUAUGGAAGUAACAGUAGAUUUUCUAAUUGAAAUUGAUAAAUUAGUUCAGUUAAUUGAAUCACCAAUAUUUACAUAUCUUCGUUUAGCUUUACUCGAUAUUGAGAAUAACCAAACAUUAAUACGUACUCUAUGUGGUCUACUCAUGUUGUUACCUCAAACAGAUGCAUUUCAUACAUUGAGAAGAAGAUUAGAAUGUGUACCAACAUUUAUUGAUAAAUUGACAACAUCACAAAGGGGAACAAACAGGCACUUUUAUUUAUUCAAUCCAAACGUUUCGCUAACGGUUGGCUGUGGUAACACACAUUGUUCGAAUGUUUAUUGUUAUUCUAGUCCAUCAUUUAAAUAUGAUCGUACAUUAUUCAAUGAUAAAAAUGUUGCUGCUGUUGAAGCAGUGAAAUUAAGUAAAGAACAUAAUGUAGAAUUAUGUACAGAAAACUCCCCCACAACAGUAACAACAACAUUACCUUCGGUUGGAUUUAAUGAAACAAUUUUAAAUAAUCUGUUAGAAGAAUGUCAUAAAACAGACAAUUGGGAAUUAUUUAUUAACACGAUUGUGUCCAUAUUUUCUGAUCGAAGAAUGUUGUCAACAUCUUUUCUAAAAAAAGAAUUUGAAAACAAAUUAUUGCAUUCAAAUGCAAAAAAUGGAGAUGGAGAUGCAAUUCAGAAUAGCAACAAUACCAGUGCAAUUUCAAAAACUAAAAUCUAUCAUGACAAAAUAGAAUUAGCAACAGAUGAAUUAACAUUAGAUUUUAUUGCGAUGCGUCGUGCUAUAAAAUUAUUAUGUACUAAAUACGAAGAUUAUUUAUUAAUUCCAUUGAAUAAAGCUAUUAAAACUCUCACAUCAAACAUUACCCUAGAUUUGGGUUCUACUCAGUCAAUAGAAAAUGACAAUAAUUUUUUGAAUAUAUUUUUUAUUAUAUUUGAAAUAUCUUAUCUAUCUUAUCCUGAAUAUAUUUUUGAUUGUGCAAGAUGUUUUUAUCAUUCAAUAACAAAAUUAUCUAAAAAAUCUCAAGUAAAAAUUAUACAAAUUUAUUCUAAAAUGACAUCAUCCGAUUUAUCCAUUUAUGUUACUCAUUUACGACAAUAUUUGACUAUGUACACAAUGAUAUGGGUAGAACAUACAACUGUUAAUAGUAGCAGUGAAAAAUUAUUAUCACAAGAAGCAGGAAUGAAAGAUGGUUUAGAUGUAUUACGAAUAUUUUUUUAUUCCAAUUUGCUUGGUGGUAAACGUGAUAAAUUAGAAGUUAUUAAAUUAGAAAAAGAACAAGAUAAAUUAAUGAGUACUGAAAUUAUAAAACGUCGUGAACAACGAAAUGAAGAUGACGAUGACGAAACGGGACUAAACAAUGAAAAUAAUGAAACAAUGUCACGACGAAUGGCAUCAAAUAUAGAAAACGAAGAAGAAGAUGAGAAUCCAUUUGAUAUUGAUUUACAAAAAGCGGUAGGAUUAGAACCAAAUGAAUAUCGUUCUGGUCUCUUAUCGUAUGACGAUUUUAUUAAUGAAUUUGUCAAUGAAAAAAUAGAAAUAAUGAAAGAAUAUUUAAAUUAUUAUCGUCAAAAAGCAUCAGUUUCAUUUUCAUUUAUUAUUUAUCCAUUUUUUUUAACAACAACAAAUAAAAUAGCUCUAUUAAAUAUUGAAAAUAAAAUAAAAAUGUAUCGUGAAAGACAUACAUCCGUUGUACAUAGUCUACUCGGUAUAAGAUUGAAUCCAUAUUUUAAAAUUAAUGUAAGAAGAGAUCAUCUUAUUGAAGAUGCAUUAAUAGCUCUUGAAUAUCAGGGCAUUGAACGACCACAAGAAUUAAAAAAACAAUUGUUUGUCGAGUUUGAUGGUGAACAAGGUGUUGAUGAAGGAGGUGUUAGUAAAGAAUUUUUUCAGUUAAUUACUGAACAAGUAUUUAAACCAGAAUAUGGUAUGUUUAUGUUUGAUGAAGAAACAAGAUCUAUGUGGUUUAAUCCAUCAGCAGGUGAUGAUAUGGAUCGUGAAUAUACACUCAUAGGAAUGCUUAUCGGACUAGCUAUCUAUAACAACAUCAUAUUAGACAUUAAAUUUGCUCCUGUGGUUUACAGAAAAUUAAUGGGAAAAUUGGGAACUUUUGAAGAUUUAGAAAAAUCACAUCCGAUGAUAUAUCAAAGUUUAGAACGUUUAUUAUCUUAUAACGAAAUAACGGAAGGUGGAAAUAUUGAAGAUAUAUUUAGUCUUACAUUUCGAGUAUCAUUAACGGAUGCGACGGGUAGUCGUUUGACAUAUGAUCUCAAAGAGGAUGGAGACAAUAUUCUUGUUACAAAUGAUAAUAGAGAAGAAUUUAUUCGUUUAUACAGCAAUUUUAUCUUGAAUAAGAGCAUCGAGAAACAAUUUAAUCCAUUUUAUCAUGGAUUUUUAUUAGUAACACAUGGUAGUUAUUUAAGAAAAUUAUUUAGACCGGAUGAAGUUGAAUUAUUAGUAGCCGGAAGUCAAGUACUUGAUUUUGAUCAAUUAGCGUCUACCACUGAAUACGAUGGAGGAUAUUCUUCUGAGCAUCCGACAAUUAAAAAUUUCUGGGAUAUAAUGAAUAAUCUAACAGAUGAUCAAAAACGAAAAUUUCUUCGAUUUACAACAGGUAGUGAUCGUACACCAAUUGGAGGUUUGGCUAAAUUGAAAUUAGUUAUUGUACGAAAAACAGCCGAUACUGAUUCACUUCCAACCGCUCAUACAUGUUUCAAUGCAUUAUUACUACCUGAAUAUUCAAGCAAAGCAAAAUUACAAGAAAAACUAGUGAAAGCCAUACAGUAUGCUGAAGGUUUUGGACUUAUGUGA